AUGCCGAGUGGUCGAAUUGCGCAACAAGAGCUGGAGAGCAAAAUACUGGAUACCUGUACUGCCGGUGGAGUCUUGUGGUUCCUAUACACCAACCCGUCUUUCUUUAAUCCAUGGAAUCUAAAAAUAUGGGAGUGGUGCCUUCUCGCAGUAUUGAUUCGAAUGGCAAUCGCAUUUUACGAUCAUUUGGUUACCUUUCUGGUGGAUUCCGUCUUCAAGAGUGAUCUACUACCCACUCGAACUACUGGAAAGCCUGUCCGAUACGUAGAACUCGACACCAAAUCCUACGUUUAUCUUGGCCUCAACGCGCUGCAUGAAUGGGUCUUUGUCCAACGCCUGUGUCAUUUCAUUUGGUUUUCGUCAGAGGUUCCACUUGAUCCAUCGGAAAUCAAUUUCAUGAAUACAGUCGGAGCUCUGUCCGUCAUAUUUGUUGUCAUGGACGCCCUUUAUGCUCCGUGUCAUCACAUUAUGCAUUUGCCUCGAUUAUAUCCGCUGAUCCACAAGCACCAUCACAGGCAGCACUUUCCAACAAGGGGAUACUUGGAUGCUGGAAACGAACAUCCUCUAGAACAAGUGGUUGGCAUUUCUAGUGUCUGGGCUGGACUUCUGGCGGCCGUUUACGGACCUACUGGAGCUCACGGGGUGGCGCUCUUUAUCUUUUUCAACAUUCAUGCGGCCUUGGCCAUGUUGAAUCACAGUCCCUACGAUGUGGAAUUCUACCUUGUACCUGGAUUGGUAAAGUACCGUGUUGCCAACCACGAAAUGCAUCAUCGCAAGUUCACAGUGAAUUAUGCGCAAUACUGUAUGUGGUACGACCAUCUGUUGCAAACAUUUGCUCCAUACGAAGGACCUAAGAAGGUCACUUAA